AGAGGUGCUGCCACCACGGAGCCAUGAAAAUCAUCACUGUUCUCCUCCUCCUGAGCUUCUGCUGCCCUUUCUCAGAUGCUCUGAAGUGCUAUGUGUGCAGCUCCACCACAACCAAUGACGCAUGCAACCAGUCAUCCCAAACCUGCCAGACACCCCUUGACACCUGCAUGACCACUGUGGACACAUUUGACAAAAUAAAGGCCAUAGGGAAGUAUUGCGCCAGUGUGAGGACCUGCAAAGGAGCAGCGUCAGGGGCCUCAGUGGAUGCGAAUGGCAAUGGGAACCAAGUCACCUGCUGCUCCAGUAACCUUUGUAACAUCAACGGAGCGACUGGUGUUGGGCUAAGCACACUACUGACUCUGGCUGUGUGUUGUAGCCAUGCUGUGCUCAGCAUUCUCUGGCUGCUCUGAGAAUUAAUGGAUGACCUCAUAGCAUGGGGGAAUUCAAGCAUAGCCUGCCUCUAGCACAAUAGGCAACAAUUUCACUUAAUAUUUACAGUAUAUUUCAUUUAGCAAACUAAUACAGCGCUCAUAUAUAUUGUUUUGUAUUUAUAUUGAAUUAAUGUGACAAUGUUGUGCAGUAAUAAAAGGUAUGUAUUGUAUUUAUAUGGCUUUGGCUGUGAUGUUUUGUAUUGUGUUAAAUAACUGUGCUAAAUAGUUUGGCCCUAUGUGAAGAGAAUAAACAAAGAUGAAAUUUUGGU